AUGGGGAUCGAGGCGAGGGUGGCCACUUGGCCAAGAAAUCAGCGAAGCUUUGCUUCGGGAAACAAGCUUGAGCCUGUGACGACCUACAAGUUGCGCUUACUUCCUUUAUGGGAUCCUGACGGUCUUCUCGAGGAGACCCGGUCCGAUGCGGACCUCGCUCCCGAAGGUGGCGGCAUCGCAGACGCCAACGAGUACGUGUUCACAGACGAUGUCUAUGACCAGCUGGGCAGCGUCGUCCCCAACUCCGGCGCAGAGGUCGGCGCCGGGGGCGGCUCGCUGGCCCAGGGACCGCUGGCGGCCGUCGUGCUCGGAUCGCUGGCCGUCGCCGCCCUCCUGGGCGUCAUCCUGGCGUUCCGGCUCGGCGGACGGACCCCACCGGCCGGCGCCGGCGUCCCGCCGGCGGAUCCGACCGCCCGGCCGCUACCGCCGGGCUCCGGUCACCCAGGCUACCCGGGCCACCUCGGUCACCCGGAGCCGCACGGGAGGCUCACGGCCGCGUUCCGCCGCUCCUGGCAAAGGGUGCUGCGCCGAAACGGCACAACUGUGCAUCCAAUACGGUUGAUUGUCCAGCCGCUAGCACAAGAAAAGCCCAUGAACACACAGAACAAGCCAGCUGUGGAUGCCAUAACGAAGCCAACUUCCACAUCAAUGGAUAAGCCAGCCAUGGACAAUGUAAACCAACCCACAACAUCCACAAUGCACAAACCAGACAUAAACAAUAUAAACCAACCCACAGCGCCCACAAUGGAUAAACUGACCAUGAGCAGUCUUAAACAACCCAUGGAUAAACCACCCAUGAAGGCAAACACCGCGAUUAUGGACAAGACAGCCGUGAACUCGGUAAAAAUUCCAACAGUUGCAACGCAGGAUAAGCCUACCAUUAUUGAGUCGUUUAAAAAUACAACCCCAGCGAUGGAUAAAUCAUCCAUAGACUCAGAAAUAAACCCAACGACCACAACACUGAGCAAACCAGCCACGGAUUCGGUGAAAAAAAAGCGAAGGGCACUUAAGAAGAAUAAACCAGUUACGGACACAGUGACAGAGCCGCCAGCAGACAAGCUGGACACUGAGCCGGUGAAGCAGAUACAGAGCGCACCAACCGAGCCACUGGCCUUGGACACGCAGGAUUCAACAGGCACACAGGAAGCCCCGACGACAGACUCCCAGAACCCAGAGAACCCCGCGGACGAGGAGGGCACGCCAUCAAGCGACCCGCGGAAGCCGAAGCGGACACGCAAGAAGAAAAAGGCAAGCGAGCGGUGGUCAAAGCUCGCGAGCCCGGCCGUGGACGGCCACGACCCGCUGCCCCCUCUGACGAUGCCACGCCUGCAGAGGGAAGCGACGUUCAUGCCCCCGCUCGCACCCACCGUGGCCCACGAGCUGCAGCUCUUCUCGGCCGAUUUCCGGCGGCCGCUGGCCCGCCUGCCGACGCCGUACGAGGGCCGGGGCCCGGCGUUCCUGCCACUGGAGACGCUGCUGGAGAGCCGGGAGGAGCUUCUGGUCCCGUCCACGCCGCCCGCCGGCGUUCGAAGGCCGACGACGCCGAUGUUGAUGUCGGAGGAGAACAGACGGCCGCCGCAGCUGCCGCCGCCGCCGCCACCGCCGCCACCGCCGCGGCCGCCGCCACCACCGCCGCCACCGCCGCCUCCUCCUCCACCUGUAAUGUCCCUCCAGCCCCACAGUGGGCCAACCGUGCCGGUCAAACCGGCGGGUGUCGCCCACCGUCAGGGCCACGUUCCUGCUCGUAUCUCUCCCGUCCAAAACCCUCGCUGGAUGAUCUGACUCCGUGCUCCGCAGUCGCGCGAGAUCUAGGGCCCGAGACACGUGCUGUCGGGCCCUUCUGCCAGUCAUUUUUGGUGACCCUACACAAUUUCUUUGCUGAACAUUAGCGCCAAUGGGGCAGUUGAAAACUGGGAUUUUUUUUGGCCGAUUCGUGUUACAAGAUGCGUUUCUGGAAGUGUCUGGGUAGCUCAAGAGCUGAGCACUGAGCCAGCACUGCUGAGAAUAAUGAGCCUGAUUCUGAGCAGCCCUUCUUAAGUGUAGUUCGUUGAUAUAUAGUCGCAGCCUGGUUACCAACGACUGCACACACACACAAAAUCUAAUCGUAUAAAACGUUACUUUUUUUUACUUCAUUUCUUAUUCCAGUUCUGAAAAAUGAAAGCGCGUGUAGUUUGACGUGCGAUGAACACUCUCUGCAGGAGCAUACAACAGGUGUGGUAUAAGACACCGACUUGUGUGAUGUCUUCAUCAAGGGCCAUUCUUUGACGACAGUGAGAUCCAUAUGAACCCCAAGACAUCCGUCAACAACAAUGUGGCCUUAUAAUAAAUAUAUAACAGGUGACGUUUCGGGUAAUGACCCUUAUUCAUAGCACAUAGAUAGGGUGGCCAGAGAGACAGAUGGGAUAAUAGAGGUGUAGGGGGCACCAUAAUCGACUGUAUUGGUUCGUGAAUGGAAUCGUGACCCCAAAUCGUGAUCAUUCAUGACAUCACAGAUGGUGGCGGA